AUGGACGGCGGGGAUUACAUCUUGAAGGAGACGGACGGCGGCAGGCAUCGGUUUCUAGUGGAGCUCGAAUUCGUUCAAUGCCUGGCGAAUCCGAACUACAUUCACUACCUAGCACAGAAUAAACAUUUUGAAGAUCCAGCAUUUGUCAAUUAUAUACACUACCUGCAGUACUGGCGGAACCCCCCGUAUUCAACAUUUAUAGUUUAUCCCCACUGUCUCUACUUCCUUGAGCUGCUUCAAAGUGAACACUUCCGCACUGCCAUGGCACAUCCUGCCAACAAGGAGCUAGCCCACGGACAGCAGUUCUACUUCUGGCAGCAUUACCGGAAUAACCGGCUGAAGAUGAUGCAUCAGCAGAGGCAGCUACAAGCAGCAGGAGAAGGAGAGACGGACACAGAGACAAGCACAGGGGGUCCGCCUUCUCAAGGUGUUGCCACUGCUGCUGGUACAGGUGCUACCAGAGGUGGUACAGCUGGAAGUUCUGGCACUGCAGCAGGUACAACAGCAACUAAUGAUGGUGCAACUGCUACGGCUAAUGCUGUCUCCGCUGCCCCAGGAACCCCUGUUGGUGCCUCGUCUCGUCAUGCCUCCACGCCCCCCCUUCCUCCUGCCUCGCCGUUGCCUCCCCUUCCCACUGCUGCUCAUUCUUCCGGGGCUGUACCUCACACCAAGCCUCCUACGCCAGGCUCGGGAUCUGGUUCGGCAGCAGCAGGUUCGGGCGGAUCCGGAAAAGCAGCAGCGCACGGUGGCCGCACACCUCCCUUAGCACCAGGGUCAUCCUCUCGUAAUCCCACUGGUUCUCAACAGGGUGGUGGGAAGCCUGGUGCCCGUCGCCCACCUCCCAACAGCCCUGGGCAGAGACCAGGAGGGGGUGGGGGUGGUGUUGCUGGAGGGACUGGGGGAAGGGUGGGUACACAUGGAGCUGCUGGCGCACCACAGUCUGGCACUGCAUCUCCUGGUGGAAAUCGGCAAGAUCCUACUGCAAGACCUAAAAAGCGAAAAGCUCUGCCUCAAUGA